UGAAAGAUUACCGUGAGAAGAGAUAUGUCUGGAGUCUGGGUGUUCAAAAAUGGAGUUGUCCGGCUUGUGGAGAACCCUGCCAAUGUGCAGUCCUCUACAGUUCGUCGGAAGGUACUGCUCUACACUCCUACGAAUGAGAUCAUCAACUCCUACUCCUCUCUGGAGCCCAAGCUCACCAGCCUGGGGUGGGAGAGGUACUACGAAGAUCCUAACCUCCUCCAGUUCCACAAGCGCUCUUCUAUCGACCUCAUCUCCCUCCCACGAGAUUUCACCCAGUUCAAGUCCAUGCACAUGUACGACAUCGUCCUCAAGAAUCGUGAAUCCUUCCGGGUCAUCGACAUGCAGAGUUCAUAAAACAAACGAUGGCCUUCCACUCUAAGACUUUGCAGAGUUUAUAAGAUAUUGUCGUGGGCUUUUGCUUUCCUUGUAAUUUCUUCUCUUGUGUGUUUUAUGUCCCCUGUUGUUGUUGUUAACGCUGUGUGAUCCUAUAAAAAUGGAGUUAUGGACUUCUUGCCACUAUAUAUUUUGUUGUAUCAGUUUCAACUUUGAAGAAACAUUACAUGCAUAUGAGAUACUUG